AUGUCCACCGAAAAGCCCGACAACGCCUCUAUCGAGAAGAUCGACGUCGUCGUCAACAGCACAGAGAACACCACGCCAGCAGCGAUCCAGGCGAGAUUCACAACACUAUGCGAUCUCGACGAUGAACAGAUGGCUGCGCUGAACAAGCGCGUUCUCCGGCGGAUCGAUUGGCGUAUGAUGCCUACCAUAACGAUCAUGUUUCUCUUGAACUACCUGGAUCGCAUCAAUGUGUCGAAUGCACGCCUUGCUGGUCUGCAAUCAGAUCUUGGCAUGAGCGAUACUAUCUGGAGCGCCGGCAUUUCUACUUUCUAUGUUGGCUACCUUAUUGGUCAACUGCCAGGCAAUCUAUGGCUGGCACGCGUUCGUCCCAGCUUGUUGCUUCCAGGCAUGAUGAUUGGCUGGAGUAUCUGUACCAUCACCAUGCCUGCAGUCACUUCAGGCGCUGGAUUCUGUAUUGUUCGCUUCUUCACUGGACUUUGCGAGGCACCUUUCUUCCCCGGAAUCACGUUGAUGACAUCUUCGUGGUAUACGAAGGCCGAGAACCCCACUCGAAUGGCUGUUUGGCAUGCUGGCAACACUAUCUCGAACAUCAUCUCGGGCUUCCUCGCGGCAGGCAUUUUGCAUCACAUGGGCGGCAUUGCAGGACUUUACAGUUGGCAAUGGUUCUUCAUUAUCGAGGGUGCUGUCAGCAUACUCGUCGGCAUCAUUUCAUUCUUCACCCUGCCUGAUUGGCCCGAGAACACUAAAUGGCUCUCUGAAGAAGAGAGAGAGAUGGCUCAAUACCGCGUUAUUGUCUCCAACGGCGGCAAAGUUGAACAGGUGGGAGGUACAUGGGAUGGGCUCAAAGAUGCCUGCAAGGACCCUUUUACAUGGAUGUUCUGUGGCAUGCACUUCAGUCUGAUCAACGCUCAGUCAUUCAAGGAUUUCUUCCCCUCGAUCAUCAAGACUUUCGGAUUCGGCGAGCUAGAGACAUAUCUCGUUCAAGCACCACCAUACGCAAUUGCCUACCUCAGCGCCCUCGCUCUUGCGUGGAGUUCUGGCAAGUUCAGAGAAUCGUGUUACCACAUCAUCGUUCCAAUUGCCGCCUCAGCCGUGGGCAUCGCCGUCAUGAUCUCGACCGAGAACGUAGGCGCACGCUACUUUGGCGCCAUCCUACUUGUCAGCGGCACCUAUAACGGUCUCAACUUGCAGCUCUCUUGGGAGACUACACUGGUUCCCGCUCCCCGCAGCAAGAAGGCAGCGCUUAUUGCCAUCGCCAACUGUGUUAGUCAAUGCUCUCAUUGGUACUCUCCUUACUUCUUCCCUCGUAGUCAGGAACCUUUCUACAGACUCGGUGGUGGCUUGAUCUUGUUUGGUUGCUUAUGCACUGCCCUUCUCGCUUGGGCUGUAAAGUGGUGGGCCAAGAGACUGAACAAGGCUCUCGACGAGACUGAAGGGUACAGUGAGCACAGCGGUAUUGAGAGAGGCUGGAGAUAUGUUUACUAA